AUGGCGGGCUGGUUCGGGUCCUCGGCCAACGGCGCGCUCGACGAGCAGAUUGAGCGCGCAACCUCUUCAAGCUUAGAGGAUAUGCCACUCAAUCUCGAGAUAUCCGACGUGAUUCGGUCCAAGACAGUGCAGCCUAAAGACGCCAUGCGCUCACUGAAGAAGAGGAUAGGGCACAAGAACCCCAACGUCCAGCUCGCAACUUUGAAUCUCACAGACACCUGCGUGAAGAACGGCGGCGCUCACUUCAUCCAAGAGAUAGCUUCUCGCGAGUUCCUCGACAACAUGACUUCCCUACUCAAGGCACCCCCCUCCGUCGCACCCAACCACGAUGUCAAGAACAAGAUGCUCCAGCUGAUACAGUCCUGGGCAAUAGCUGCAGAAGGGCGCACAAACCUGGGCUACAUCAACGAGGUUUACCAGAGCCUACAGCGCGAAGGCUACCACUUCCCUCCAAAGGAGAACAUUACCGGAAGUAUGCUCGAUAGCAGUGCGCCCCCAGAGUGGACCGACUCGGACGUCUGCAUGCGAUGCCGCACCGCUUUCACCUUCACCAACCGAAAGCACCACUGCCGAAACUGCGGAAAUGUCUUCUGUGGCGCCUGUUCGAGCAAGAACAUCCCCCUACCCCACCUCGGCAUCAUGGACCCUGUGCGCGUCGACGAUGGCUGCCAUGCCAAACUCACCGAAAAGUCCAGAGGGGCACACCUUCCCAGAGUGUUCGAUGCCCACAGGCCCCAGAGAACAUUAUAUCAGGGCUCAAUGGAACCGCGAAACGCCCGCAUAGAGGACAGCUUCGAUGCAGAUCUUAAGCGAGCCCUGGAGAUGAGCCUGGAUGAGGCUAAGGGAAACAGUUCUUCUGGCUUCGUGUCCCAGCCGCAACUGUCACAAUCCAAGUCUACAAAUGCAACUUCCAAGAAGCAGCCCGAGGAGGAGGAGGACGCCGAUCUGGCCGCUGCUAUCGCGGCCUCCUUGGCUGAUAUGGAAGAACAGAAGAGGAAGUACUCCACAACCUUCCGAGAGCAGGCUUCCAACGCCAAUUCAUCAACCCCCUUCGUCGCACCCAAGAACGACUACGAAUUGACGCCUGUUGAGGCCGAGAAUAUCAAUUUGUUUUCUACUCUAGUCGACCGCCUACAACAUCAGCCCCCUGGCACAAUCCUCCGUGAGCCGCAGAUACAAGAGCUAUACGAGAGCAUUGGCAAACUGAGGCCGAAGCUUGCGCGUACCUACGGCGAGACUAUGAGCAAGCAUGAUACACUACUUGAUCUGCAUGCCAAGCUCUCCACCGUUGUUCGUUACUAUGAUCGCAUGCUUGAGGAAAGACUGUCGAGCACAUACAACCAAGCCAACACCAUGUAUGGACUGCCUCCCUCUGCCCAACGGCCGGCGUCAAAUCUCUAUCCUAGUAUACAGUCAGGUGCACCAGAUGCUGCUGGUGAAAAUUACUACACGGGAAAUGCACCUCCUUCGGGCGCGUAUGGACAGCCUCAGUCACAGUAUGGUGGAGGCUACCAGCCCCAACAACAGCCCUAUCCUCAGUUCGACAAACGGCCCGCAUCCUACGCCCCACCUAAUGAGCAGUAUCAACAACCAUCACAACCAUAUCCAAACCUGGCCCAACGACCGCCAAGCACGUCUUACCAACAACCUUCGUCACCACAAUUACAACGUCAAAUGUCCAACCAGCAGUAUCCUUCUCAAGCGCCACCAUCGGGAGUAUCAGAUGCAGAUAGUGCCAGCUACUACUAUGGAGAAAGCAAUACGGCACAGCCUUCACAGCCCCCCAUGCAACGGACGCAAAGUUAUGGCUCUCAGCCUUCACAACAACAGCAACAACCUCCUUCUCCCCAAGCAUAUGCUCGGGCACCGCCACAGCAGACACCUAUUUCACCGCCCUCGCAGCCCGCUGCUGCCUGGCAAAACCCACCAUAUCCUCAACAGGAUCAGCCUCCAAAUUGGCAACAAAAUCAGAACCAGAACCAAGGUCCACCACAGCAGGCUCCUCAACAGCAAGCCCCUGCUCAACAGCAACCUCAGGUACCCCAGCAACAGCAACAGCAACAGCAACAGCAACAGCAACAGCAGUACUGGCAACAGCAACAACAUCAAGCAUCCCACCAGCAACAGCCGCAAACGUCUGGAUGGCAGCCAGCACCGUACGCCACUGGAGGCUACGGGCCCGAGAGUUUCCCGUCUGCGCCUCAGAACCAGCUCCCUGCACAGCAAGCAAAGGUGGCUGAUGAGCCUCUGAUUGAUUUGUAA